GCUAGUUACCGGCGGACUACUCCCACAUAAAUAAUAAAGACAAAUUCCCGAGAUGUAACCUGAUGGUCAUGCUUGCCGCCUGACAUAUAUAUAGCCUCUUGCACGUAGGGUGGGGUCUUUUUGUUUCAACCUUCCUCUACCCUUAACCUCGAUUCCAUGGAAGGAUUUAUCGACAUGGCAAGUGGCAAGGAAGUGAUCGAAGUCGACUCCGGAGACGAUUACGGCUCCAAUUAUGUGGCGACCGAUUCAGAAGUAACAUCACUUCGGAGCAGCAUCGCCGACUACAUUUACGAGAACGGUCGACGAUACCACGCCUACCAUGCGGGAUCCUAUUGGGGAUCUAACGACGACAAGUCCAUUGACGCAAUGGAGAUCUGCCAUCAUCUAUAUAGGUUGCUAUUAGAUGACCGGUUAUACCUCUCUCCGAUCAUGAAUCCCAAGCGGGUUCUGGAUAUCGGAACAGGAACUGGGUCCUGGGCCAUCGAAUUUGCCGACGUUCAUCCCGAAGCCACUGUCAUUGGGACGGACCUUUCCCCGAUCCAGCCAAAUUUUGUCCCUCCCAACGUACAUUUCGAGGUCGAUGAUUGUUGCGAUGAGUGGCUGUACAAAACCCCAUUUGACUUUAUCCAUGUGCGCGGGUUAUAUGGUUGUGUGGCGGAUUGGGGGAGAUUCUAUCAGCAAGCUCUGAAACACCUUCACCCCGGAGGAUAUCUGGAACAGAUCGAAAUGAGCGUUACCCCGAUCUCGGAUGAUGGAAGCACCGAAGGCACGGUAUACAAAACAUGGGGUGAAAAGAGUCUCGAAGCUGGUGAUAAAUUCGGCAAAACAUUGCGAAUCGUCCAUGAGUCCAAGCAGCGAAUGAUUGAUGCUGGCUUUGUUGACGUUUUUGAACGGCGUUUUAAGCUGCCCAUUGGCCCCUGGCCCAAAGACCCGCAUCUUAAGAACCUGGGUCGGUACUUUCGACUCGUUGUCAAGGAGAGCCUGGAGAUGUGGGCAAUGAUGCUGUGGACCAAGGUUCUUGGAUGGUCAAGAGAAGAGGUUGAAGUUAUUUUUGCAAAGAUGCGAGAAGCGCUAAGUAAUCCAAGCGUUCACGCAUACGUCGAGGUAUCGCUGGUUUACGGGCAAAAACCAGACAUUUAGCCACUAUACAUGACCAAAUUAAACUGCUAUGACGAACGUAUUGACCUUAUGAUAUAUAUGCUUAAAUGUCAAAAGGAAGUCUCUCCUUCCCAUGUUGCAGACAAAGGCACAGAGACUCUGUAGUGAUGGCUGCCUUGCUGGGCUGCGCGCUAUUUCACGUCUGCAGUACUGUUUUGUGAGCACUGUCAGAAUGUCGCUUACAGUCCGCCAGGCGAGUAAAUGUCUCUCCACAAGCUUACGUCGCCAGACAGACUGGGGCUGAGCUCCGGGGAAGGUUGGGCGCUGUUAAAGUAGAUCCCAUUGUU